AUGCUAGAGGUUACUAUAGAAAGUCUUAAAGGUCAAAAGGGCAAAACAACUGAACUUAAAAAAGAAGACUUUUUAGAAAACAUUUUUAUUACAAAAAUCAUAGAACCUUUGGAACAAGAAAUGGGAAAAGACCUUGUUGCAGCCUGGCUAGUAAUUAGCAAAAACAAAAGAACCCACUUAGAGGUUGUAUUUUUAGAUAAAAACAAACAACAGCAAUAUGCAGCAGAGG